AUGUCGCAGAUAGCAGACGAGGAUCUCUGUUGCCCGAUUUGUCGAGACAUCUUCAGGGAUCCUGUCAUCCUGUCCUGCAGCCACACCUACUGUAAGCACUGCCUGCACGACUGGUGGGAUGGGAAAACCAUACUGGAGUGCCCAGUUUGUAAGAAAAGAUCCCGCACAAAGAAUCCUCCGUGCAACUUGGCUUUGAAACGACUUUGUGAGUUGUUCAGACAAAACAAGCCCCAAGAGCCAGAAGAUCGAGAGAGUUUCUGCAGCCUGCACUCGGAGAGGUUCGAGUCGUUCUGCGAGGAUCAUCAGGAGCCCGUGUGCCUCAUCUGUAAGAUAUCUGACGUGCACGCUGACCACAAGUUUAAACCACUCAAAGCAGAGGAGCUGAAAGCUGAACUUCUAAAGCUCCUGAGGCCCUUACAGGAGGAACUGAAGCUCCUCAAUGAAGCUAAACAAGGCUGUGAGAGCACGGCUAAACUCAACGAGAUCCAGGCCCAGCACACCGAGGCACUCAUCAAGGACCACUUCAAGAAGCUCUACAAGUUCCUCCACAAGGAAGAGGAGCUCAGGAUUAAUGCUCUGAGGGAGGAGAAGAGGAAGAAGAGUCAGGUCCUGCAGGAGAAGAUUGAUGCUCUAAGUAAACAGAUCAUGUCUCUUUCUAACACCAUCCAGGACACAGAAGAAGUUCUGAAACGUAAAGACGCCUCCUUCCUGCUGAGCUUCAGCUCUGCUUCAAGCAAGAUCCAACACUGUCUCCUGCCAGAGAACCCACAGCCCCCCACAGGAGCAUUGAUCGAUGUGGCCAAACACCUGGGCAACCUGACCUUCAACAUCUGGAGCAAGAUGAAAAACCUGGUCUCCUACACUCCUGUGGUCCUGGAUCCAAACACAGCAUACAAAAAGCUCACCCUGUCCGAAGACCUGACCAGCGUGAGAUGUGGACAGAAGCAGACUGUCCCCGACAACCCGGAGAGGUUUGACUGCUUCCACAUUGUCCUGGGCUCGGAGGGCUUUGACUCGGGGACCCACAGCUGGGACGUCGAGGUUGGAGAAAGCAAAGACUGGUUUGUGGGUGUGGCCUCUGAGAGCGUCAAGAGGAAGGGAACGCACCCGUCCUCCUUGUGGAGAAUCGGAUGCUUGGACGGUAAAUACAUCGCGCGCUCCUUAACUGACCCGUCCACGCCUCUGUCACCGUUAGGAACGCUCCAGAGGAUCCGAGUCUAUCUGGACUGCACCAGAGGGAAGCUGCUGUUCUUUGACCUCGACACCAACACACACCUCCACACCUUCACACACACCUUCACCGAGAAGCUGUUUCCAUACUUCAACACCGUGAACACAGCUCCGAUGAGGAUAGUUCCAGAGAAUGUGAUUGUGAGACCGAUUUCUAAAUAG